AUGUUAUUGAAUGAUUGCAGGAAACAUCACAAACGUAAAAACGAGGUCAAAAUACCGGUGGAUCUCAACGCUUUGAUGUAUUGGGGAGCAACGAUUCUUAGAGGUUUCUACCAAGCCAUGAAUGACUCUGUAAAGGCGUACAAGUGUGAAAAUAUUUUAAACCAGUGGAGAGACGCAGCAACGGCAGUGAUGUGGCAUGAUGAGGUCGGCUCGUGGCUAGACUUUUAUAUGAUAAACAACAUAAAAAAGGAUUAA